AGUCUGUGUCUUAACCACUAUUGUCGCCUGUACUAUAUCCUUCACAGUCUUAGCUGACAAAAUUGAAACAUCUCAUCAAAAACAGGGGGCUAAGCCCAAAUUGAAACAUCUCAUCAAAAACCGGGGGUUAAGCGCAGGCUAGUAGAUGCACGUCGGCUUGUUGAAAAAGGAACAAAUUUUCAAGCUUUCGCGAAUCUAUACCCAGAUGGGAAGCGCUAUGAUCCUCAUCCUCCGACACAGCCUCACUCGUACUCGGUUCCCUCGCGCACUGUCGAGAAACCCUAGCGCUCAUUUCACCUCGGGGGCUCUUCCCCAUGCUCCGGUCGAGCCCUACCGCCAUGCUGGGGGAAGCAGAGACCGUCAGUUCCGGGAAGAAUCUGUGAACAAGGAUCUACACAUCGUCGUGUCGAAGGUCCGGGUCGGCAGCAGCGAGGACGAGGUCUGUAGGAAUCUGAUCGAUGAUGGGGCUUGUGAAAGUGUGGAGCUUUCCCAUGGCCUCGUAGGGAAGCUGCUCCACCGGUUUCGGGAUGACUGGAAAUCGGCAUUGGGUGUGUUCCGAUGGGCUGAAUCGCGUUCGAGCUUCUGUCACGUCCCGGAAGCGUACGAUGCGAUUGUCGACAUACUGGGAAAGAGCAAGCAGAUGGAGAGAAUGAGGGGAAUGUUAGAUGAGAUGCGAAAACGCGGUGCUGUGAGUCUUAACACAGUGAGCAAGGUCAUGAGAAGGUUUGCUGGUGCUGGAUUUUGGAGGGAUGCCGUCCGGUUAUUCGAUGAGCUGGAGAAUCUCGGGUUGGAGAAGAACAUCGAGACGAUGAACUUGUUGCUUGAUACGCUCUGCAAGGAGGGCAAGGUCGAGCAGGCUCGCGAGAUAUUCUUGGCACUUAAGCCUCAUAUCCCCCCAGAUGCUUACACAUUUAACAUAUUCAUCCAUGGAUGGUGCAAGCUCGAUCGGGUAGAUGAGGCUCUAUGGACAAUCCAAGAGAUGAAGGGGCAUGGUACCCAGCCCUGCGUGAUCAGCUACUCCAUCAUAAUCCACUGUUAUUGCCGCCUGCACGACUUCGUUAAAGUCUAUGAAUUGUUCGACAAAAUGCACGGCCAAGGGUGCCCCCCAAACAUCGUCACUUACUCGACGGUCAUGAAUUAUCUCGCCAAGGCGGAGAGGUACGACGAGGCACUGCAGAUACGCGAGAGAAUGAAAUCAGUCGGGUGCAGACUCGACUCACUGUUCUAUAACUCAUUGAUUCAUGUCCUGGGAAGAGCAGGGCGGUUGGAAGAUGCUGCGUAUGUCUUCAGAGUGGAGAUGCCCGAAAAUGGGGUUUCCUGGAACACGUCUACGUACAAUACCAUGGUCUCUAUGUUCUGUCACCAUGGACAGGUACGGGAGGCCCUGAGUCUCCUCGACGAAAUGGACAGCUUUGGUAAUUGCAAGCCCGACGCUCAGACGUACCAUCCCCUGCUCAAGUCUUGCUUUAAGAGCGGGAAGACGGACAGUCUCUUGAGCGAAUUGCUGGACCACAUGGUUAACAAGAACCAUAUUAGUCUCGACCUGUCAGCCUACAGUCUCUUGAUUCAUGGGCUCUGCAGGGCGAACAAGUGCGACUGGGCUUACCUCUUGUUCGAGGAGAUGGUCGGCCAGGACAUCGUCCCGAGGCAGCAGACGUGCCGCCUGCUGCUGGAGGAAGUGAAGGAGAGGAACAUGUACGAUGCUGCUGAGAGAAUCGAAGGCCUGAUGAUGAAACUAAAGUCCACAAAACAAACAACUAUACAUACAGAGAUAUAGUUGACAGACCACUUUGAUAACAACCGGGCGAUCUUGCCAGAGGCGGUGGUGACCGGCAACACAGUCCGUUGCUUGGAUCUCUUUGAAAGUCUUGCAAGACGGGAACAUUGUUCACUCGUCAUAGCUCAAAGUGAUUAGGGAAUCUCUAUGUGAGCUUCUGCAACUUCUUGUUGGGCUAUUUUCGGUGUUAUUUAGGUAAAAAGAUCUCUCUUUUCUCUGACCCACUGACUCAAUUUGUUUGUCUUAUGGCAAUAGAGCCAUGUGAUUGUCUCUAUUUCAAGACAAUUCUAUUCA